CUCAAUCCCAAUCCGUAGUGUGACAUAGGCUUAACUUUGCUUAUUCACAUUUUACUGCAUUUUAGUCAUAUGUGCCGCAAAUAAUAGUGAUUUUAUUUUUUAUUUAACUCAUAUAUACAAGAGACGAUAGUUUAUUAUGAUCGACGUUACAAGUCACAAUUUUGCUGAAGUAUAUCCGCAUUUAGAACGAGCAUUGAAAGAUGCGAGUUUUAUAGCGAUUGAUACCGAAUUAACAGGUUUAGAAGUUGAUGCUAAAAUUAGUUUAUUCGAUUCCAUAAACGAGCGCUAUGAGAAGCAAAAACGUAAUAUUGAACCUCACAUAAUUAUCCAAUUUGGUAUUUGUACAUUUCAACGAGUCCAACAUGAAAACAAGUACACUGCAGAGAUAUUUAAUUUUUUUUUAUUACCUAAAAAUAUUCCUUCGAUGAAUAGAAGUUUUGUCUGGCAAGUUGCAGCGUUAGAAUUUUUGUCCAAACAUGGAUUCGAUUUUAAUGAAUUGAUGUAUAAUGGCAUAUCAUAUCUUAAUGAGUCUGAAGAAGCGUUCUUACAGCAACAAUUGCAAAACAAUAUGCUAUUUCACAAUUUAAGACAAUCUCUUUCAUUUGAAGAAGAAGAUGAUUUGAAUAGUUAUAUUAAUCAAGUAGCUGAAUGGUUGAAAACAGCUGAUGAAGUAAAUUUACUUAAAGUUGUCACCCCUACUCCACUUUUGCAAUAUAUUGCACAUAAAGAAUUAAGAAAUUAUUUCCCAAAUGUAUGGACUACUUCAGGAAACAAUGUGGUAACUGUUAUGAAAGUAUUGCCAGGAUCAAGAGAAGUUCUUCAGAAUGAAGAAGGUUCUAUAUUGGAGAAUGCUAUUUUAGAUUUGUAUGCUGGUUUUUCAAAAAUAUUUAAGCUGUUGGUCACUUUGAAAAAACCUUUAAUAGCACAUAAUGCAUUUUUAGAUUUGAUGUUUAUGCAUCAGCAGUUUUACAGACCAUUACCUAAAAACUAUAUUGAUUACAAGACUGCCACACAUAAAAUGUUUCCAAAAAUUUAUGACACAAAAUUUUUAAGCUUUAGAUUGAAGGAACUUCUUGAUACCGAAGUACAGUGGAAACGUACUUCUCUGGGUGACUUAUUUGAAUAUUUUACACGAGAUCGAGGAAAAUACAUAGAUUUUGGAUCUCCUGAUAUAAUACUUACUUCAAAGUUAGAGAAAUCAGAUGUUACAUCAUCACCGAAAUACCACAACGCAGGCUGGGAUUCUUAUUUUGCUGGCUAUGUAUUUAUUAGAAUGGCUCAUAUAUUUGCUAAAAAACAGUAUGGACAAAGUUCCGCAUUAAAGGAGUAUACACAUACAGAAUUAAUGAACAGUGUAAAAGAUUUUGCAAAUUGUGUAAAUGUCAUCCGUGGCGAUAUAUCGCAUUUGAGAUUGGACGGACCUGAACCUGAAUCAACACGGCCAAACUGGCUUUAUGUGAAACCUUUAUCAUCGAGAUCAAUAAGCGCCUCGCAGAUAGCUGAAAAGAUGUCAGUAUUUGGCACCGUUGAUGUGAAGCAAUAUACUUCGAAACGAGUAUUAGUCGCCGUAACAAAUCACGGAAGAAUGCGACUUUAUAUAUCGGAAAAGCAAUUUGCUGCCAACUGCGUCCGAUUCCGAAGUAUCUUUCAAAUAUUGUGGUAUUUCGCUCACUAAUGCAGUUCAAAGAAAUAAAAAAAAAAACAUGUAAGUUUUACGAUAGGCUGGAUUGAUCUUAUCUUUUUUCUUGUGUUUUUAAGUGUUUUCUUUCAAUACAAAAAAUAUGACGGAAAUAAUAUUAAAUUUUCACUUGACAAAAAUGAUACAUGCACAAUAGUAUGAAGAGAACUACACUGCGGGGAGUAAAGUGUGGUGAAACUAUUUUGGACGCUUUCCAAGGGCAGUUGCAUGUAUAUAUUCAUAUAUUCACUGAUGCAUAAAUUGUGUCAUAGUAGUUUGUUCAUUUUUAUUUAAAACAAAUAUAUAUUGCACAACGCGCAUACAUAAUCUAUAAUUCUGUUCACGCAAACCUUCAGAAUUUAAUUAAAAAUUACAUGCUAAAAUAUUUUAUAUAAAAUACAGAUUUUGUAAUUAAGAUGACAUAUAAUUUAUUUCAUUGACGUAAAUUUUGUGUUUAUAUCUUACAGCACUUUGCGUAUCAAAUUUCAACGCGUAUUUAAUCAGCGUUUAUUUCUCUAAUACAUUUGUGUAUGUAUGAUCGAUCGAACGACUUCGUUUGUCUAAUUUGUCGAAAGCUUGAAAACACAAACCCCGUUGAAUAUCAUCAAUUCACAUCACACAGUGAAUCUAUUACAAUCUGCUUGUUUUUUGAAGACCGUAACGUUGAGGCAGUGAUUAUGUUAAAUGUCUUAUGUCCAUUUAAAACACUGCAGGUGGUAAAUAGUACAUCUCUCAUCUUGAUUUUAGUAGUAAUAGUAUUUUUUUUAAUAAAACAAUUUUUUUAUUAUAAAAGAAGAUAUGUACAUUUUUUUAAGGAUUUAUAUUAUUUAACUUUUAUAUAUUAAAAAUAAGAUACAAGAUACCUCGUAAAAUAUUGAAUUCCUGUGUGAUAUAUAGAAAGAGAUUGAUUUUCUAAAUAUUCACAAAUCAAAUAAUUGACUCGAUGGCGUCAUAUUGUACGCAUAAGAUCUUCGUCAUUGGCAGUAUUCCCAUCUUUAUGUCGCUUUUACCAACGAACUUUUGCACAGAUAUAUUUACAGCGCUUAUUAAAAGACCGUCACUGUCUACACUACCGUGUACAUUAUUAUUAACGAUCUAUUAUUAUACCUGCCAUGUCACACGUGUGCAACUUUUGUCAUGCGAAAUUGGCUUAACGUGUUUUUCCCCCGUCGAGCCGGAUGAUCAACACCGUCAAUCAAACACGUGGUACUCAUUUGAGUCGCAACGACCAAAAAAAACCA